AUGCGGAGGCCUCCGCAUGUCACCACUGUGCGUAAGUCGAAGGAGGCACGCGCGAAUCUCUUCGGCCCUCCCUGGUGGUCGACGCCGUCGUCGCCCCUCCCCGCUCCCCUCGCUCUCUACCGCCUUUCCUCUCCUUCCUCUUCUCCCUGUCGCCCUCGUCUUCUUGUCCCUGCCGACCUGCCGCGUUACCGCAUACAAUUCAAGCCUGCACCUUCAAGAGAUCAGGGCAACGCUGUGGUACUCAGCACCUGCAUGCGAAGCCCGUCUUUGCUGGUGCCAGCGACGCCAGGGCGCCCCCCUGGAGAGCGUUUACAUUUCCACCUUGCGCGGCUCAUAGUAGGUUCUUCCUCACCAGCGGAGAGUGCGAGCCUGCUGCACCUUCAAGAGGCUCAGCUGGAACCCCGAAGUGGUUGUGUAUAG